AUGGCCGACAUGAACCAAGUUCCCAUCAAUGGCAACUACCCUGCCCAGCACGGCUACCCCGAGUCUUACAACCACGCUUCUGUCACCAUGAACACUGCUGCCAGCUUCCAGCCUGCUCAGUCUUCCACUCCUACUACUGUCACUCCAACCGACCAGCAGAAGAAUGAUAUCUCCAAGGAUGAAGUGGGCUGGUACUUCGUCGAGCAGUACUAUACCACCAUGAGCCGUAAUCCUGACAAGCUCCACCUCUUCUACUCCCGUCGGUCCCAGCUGGUCGUCGGCACUGAGGCCGAGCCGGUCCCCGUUAUCAUCGGUACCAAGUCUAUCAGUGAGAAGAUCAAGGAGUUGAAGUUCCAGGAGUGCAAGGUGCGCGUCCUGAACGUCGACUCUCAGGCCUCUUUCGACAACAUUCUGGUCUCUGUUAUUGGUGAAAUCUCCAACAACUCCGAGCCCUCCCGCAAGUUCGUGCAGACCUUUGUCCUCGCCGAGCAGCCCAACGGCUACUAUGUGCUCAACGACAUCUUCCGUUACUUGGUCGAGGAGACCGAGGAGGAGCCUACCCCCGCCGCGCCUGCCGUCGAAGCCCCCGAGGCUAUCGCCGAGGUCCCCGCUGUUCCUGCUGAGGAAGCCCAGGUCGCUGAUGAAGCCGCCGUCCCUAAGGUUGACGAGAAGCUCGAGGAGGUUGAGGCCAACGGAGAGGUUGAGGAGUCCAAGGAAAUUGCUCCCCAGACCAACGGCACCCCCGCCGAGGAGGAGACUCCUGUCGCCGCUGCUCCCGCCGUCCCUGUUGAAGUUGUGAACGAGGAGGAGACAGCCACUCCUGAGCCCUCUCCCGCUGUCGAGCAGGAGGAGGCGGUCCCUGAGAAGGAGGCUGCUCCUACCCCCGCUGUUCCCAAGACCUGGGCCAGCAUUGCCACUAACUCUUUCGCUGCCAAGGCUGCUGCUGCUUCCAAGGCUGCUGCCGCCGCCGCCGCCCCUGCUGCUGCUGCUGCUCCUGUUCCUAAGGCAGCUUCUUCCGCUGCUCAAAAUGCCCCAGCCACUCAGCCCGCCGCUGCCACCCCCGCUCCCGAAGCUGUUCGUUCCCCAGAGGGCUCCACCGAUGCCGGAUGGCAGACCGCUGGCUCCGACCACAAGAAGUCGCAGCCCCGCGCUGGUGAGGAGACUGUCCUUGCUUAUAUCAAGAACGUCAACGAAAAGGUCGAUGCCAGUCUGCUCAAGAACGUCUUGUCUCGUUUCGGCAAGCUCAAGUACUUCGAUGUCAGCCGCCCCAAGAACUGCGCCUUUGUUGAAUUCAACGAGCCCGCCGGCUACGCUGCUGCUGUUGCCGCCAACCCCCACCAGAUUGGCAGCGAGCAGAUCCUCGUUGAAGAGCGCCGCCCCCGCGGCAACGCCUACGGCAGCAACGGCUUCCCUGCCGGUCGUGGUGGUGCUGGUGGUGCUGGUGGCCGUGGCCGUGGUGACCGCACCGGUAGCCAGGGCCGUGGUGGUUUCCAGCGUGAGGGCCGUGGUAGCUUCACUCCUCGUGGCCGUGGUGGCAACGUUGCGGCCAAGGGCCGCAGCACCCAGGCCCAGGCCGCAUAA